AUGCUUGGAACGAAUUUUAUUUUGAACAUUUUUAAAAAUAAAUUUAAUAAUUUAUCAACAAGGUUUAUAAAAUAUGUGAUUAAAAGUUAUAAAAGAACAUGUCCACAUAUAAGUGAUUUCGAGCCAUUCUCAUCCAUGUAUUAUUAUACUGGAUUACAUAAUUAUAGGACAUUUUAUUUGCUCAUAAAAAUAAAUGAAAUAUUUAACAUAAACAAAUACAAAAAAAUAUACAUUAUAGUUAAUACAGAUAAAUAUGACUUUACCACUGAUGAUAUAGAGACGAAUAAAAAAAAUAGGAUAUACCUUGACCAGCGGGUUGACAUAAAAAUACGACAAUGCGAUGAAACAAUAAGAAUUAAUUUAUUUACAACAAAAUUAACAAAAAAAGUUCAUAUAGGAGAAAUAAAAAUAGAUAUCAAUGCUAGCAUCAUAUCAAAAUGUUUCCCAAAAAAUGAAUGGUUUGUGUGUAUGAAGGAUGGACAAGAAGUUUGCAAGGUCCAAUUGUCAUUUUAUAAAACGCAAAAAUAUGCGUGUCCUAGUGAAUGCAUGUUCAUACAUGAUGGUCUCGAAAUUUGGAAGGAUAAAUCAAAAAGUGGAAGCACCAAAAAAAUAGACAUAAAUAAUAUACAUAAAAAUUUUGAUGACAAUGAUGAGCAUUUAGCAACCAUAGACAUUGAUACGGAUAUAAACGAUAUAAGCUUAAUGCAAAAAUUAAAGUUAAUAAGUUUUGUAUUAGAACAGGAAAUAUGUGUAUUUGAUUUUUACGCAUAUGUUCUUAAAUAUAUGUAUGCUAAAGAAAUUAUGGGAGAAUGGUUUUUAUGUUUCCUAUGCUUUAAAAAUAAUAAAGAGCAAGAAGAAAUAAAUAUUGAAACAAUAAUUGAAAGAAACAUACACAGAGAUAUUAAUAUACCCAUGUUAAAUAUUCAUAGAAUUGUUGUUGAUAAAAGAAAUAAUACUAACGCUAAUAUUAUUUAUACUUAUGAAGAAGAAAAGUAUACAUUAAGUAUACAUUCAAAAAAAAACUUAUAUUAUAUCAUAGAUGCCAUCACAAUUUUUACAAACGACCUCAAAAUCUUGAAGGAAUCUUUUGGAGAUGAACUGGAAUACAGAAAGAAUAUAAUAAUCAAAGAAAACAAUAUGAAGAAAUUAAUGGGUAAGAGAAGAUUAUCUUCCCCUAGAUUUAGAAAGAAUCUACCAAAAAAUACACACAAAAUGAUAAAGGAAAUGUAUGAUGAACAAGAUUAUUCACAUGAUAUGAAAGAAAGUACAAAUGAAUUUUUUGAAAAUGAUAAUAUCAACACAGAAGAAUUAAAAAAUGAUAAUAUCAAAACAGAGGAACUAAAAAAUGAUAAUAUCAAAACAGAGGAACUAAAAAAUGAUAAUAUCACAAAUGAAGAAAUAAAAAAUAAUAUUAAUACAUCAAAAGAAAUUUUCUUCAAAGAACAAUUAGAAAAUACCAUACAAAAUAUAUAG